AUGAAAGUAAUUGUGAAGUACUCGAAUGGAUUCCUCUUUAAUAUCAUUUUAGGGCCGGUGAUUCAAGAGGCUCUUGGUGCUGAGAGCAAUUCAAGUGGCUCGUCGACUGAGCAAACAACUAAGCGUGCUCGUGCUAGUAACCUCAUGCCAACGACUAAUAUGCUUAAAAUCAUGCGAAGUGGUCUCCCCGAACAUGCUAAAAUUGCUAAUGAUGCGAAGGACAAAAUGCAAGAAUGCGUGUCUAGCUUCAUACGAGUCGUCACCAAUGAAGCUAAUCUAAGGUGUCAUCAAGAGCAUCGAAGAACCAUCACCGGCGAAGACCUAAUAGUUGCUAUGGGGAAGCUCGGAUUGGAUAACUACAUUGAACCCCUAACUUGUUACUUGAGCAAGUAUCGUGAACAUGAGUUCCAAAAGAAAUCUUUGCCUGGUGAACGAUAUAAGAAGCGCAAUGUCUCCUUCGUUCAACCCCAAAUUACUCCCCAGCCGCCUGUGCAAGUUGUGCCCUUGGAUUAUGCAUGGGAUAUGCCCAUAGAUGACAGUCCGGAUGGUCAUGGUGAAGGAUCUUAG